AUGGCGCCUCCACUAAACUGCAGCAUCGUCGCUGUGUCCCAAAAUCUGGGCAUCAGCAAGAACGGAAACCGACCCUGGCCCAUACUCAGGAUUGAACUCCAGUAUUUGCAGAGAAUGACCCCGACCACUCCCUCUUCAGUGGCAGGUAAACAGAAUUUGGUGAUGAUGGGUAGGAAGACCUGGUUCUCCAUUCCUGAGAAGAAUAGAUCUUUGAAAGAUAGAAUUAAUUUAGUUCUCAGUAGAGAACUCAUGGAAACCCCACAAGGAGCUCAUUUUCUUGCCAAAAGUCUGGAUGGGGCCUUAAAACUCAUUGAGCAACCAGAAUGA